GGGGAGCGCGGUGAAGGGGGGUGGGAUCUGAACAUGGCGGCGGUGGUAGCUGCUACGGCGCUGAAGGGCCGGGGGGCGAGAAAUGCCCGCGUCCUCCGGGUUUGAAAACCUUUUUCUCGGAUUUCCUUCAUACGUCUUAUGUGAGUCCCACUGCAGUCCUUCACAUCCUGUCGUCUGAGCAGAUGAAGAACAACGAAGCUCGUUCUCCUGGCACCAGGGUGAUGAGCCCGCAGUGACGUGGAAGUGGCUUCCAAAGGGAUCCUCUCAGGAGCCACAGCUAACAAGGCCUCCCAGAACAGGACCCGGGCGCUGCAAAGCCACAGCUCCCCAGAGUGCAAGGAGGAGCCUGAGCCCCUAUCCCCUGAGCUGGAAUACAUUCCCAGAAAGAGGGGCAAGAACCCCAUGAAAGCUGUGGGACUAGCCUGGUACAGCCUGUACACCCGCACCUGGCUCGGGUACCUCUUCUACCGCCAGCAGCUGCGCAGGGCUCGGAAUCGCUACCCCAAAGGCCACUCUAGAACCCAGCCCCGUCUCUUCAACGCCCAUCUCUGUCCCCCAGGAGUGAAGGUGCUUCCCAUCCCCGUCCUCUCAGACAACUACAGCUACCUCAUCAUCGACACCCAGGCCCGGCUGGCUGUGGUUGUGGACCCCUCUGACCCUCAGGCUGUACAGGCUUCCAUUGAAAAGGAGGGCGUUGAUUUGGUUGCCAUCCUCUGCACUCACAAGCACUGGGACCACAGUGGAGGGAACCGUGACCUCAGCCGGCGGCACCAGGACUGUCGGGUGUAUGGGAGCCCUCAGGACGGCAUCCCCUACCUCACCCAUCCCCUGUGUCAUCAAGAUGUAGUUAGCGUGGGACGGCUCCAGAUCCGGGCCCUGGCCACCCCUGGACACACACAAGGCCAUCUGGUCUACCUGCUGGAUGGGGAGCCCUACAAGGGUCCCUCCUGCCUCUUCUCAGGGGACCUGCUCUUCCUCUCUGGCUGUGGACGGACCUUUGAGGGCACUGCAGAGACCAUGCUGAGCUCCCUGGACACGGUGCUGGGGCUAGGGGAUGACACUCUGCUGUGGCCCGGUCACGAGUACGCGGAGGAGAACCUGGGCUUUGCGGGUGUGGUCGAGCCCGAGAACCUGGCCCGGGAGAGGAAGAUGCAGUGGGUGCAGAGGCAGCGGAUGGAGCGCAAGAGCACGUGCCCGUCCACCCUGGGAGAAGAGCGCUCCUACAACCCAUUCCUGAGGACCCACUGCCUGGUGCUGCACGAGGCCCUGGGGCCAGGCCCGGGCCCCACUGGGGACGACAGCUACUCCCGGGCCGAGCUCCUGGAGAAGCUCCGCCGGCUGAAGGACCUGCACAAGAGCAAGUGACAGCCCCCACCCCAUCCCAGCCCGCCCCCCACGGCGGGGAGGCCACCCGUCGCCCGCACCACACCAUCCCUCUCAUCGCUACCACCCGCCACCUCCACCGGCGCCCACGGUGGGCAUCAGUCCCAGCACUGUCAGGGGAGGAGGGUCGAGGUGAUGAGGACGUGAGACCGAGGAGGAGGAGGCUGGUGGAAGGCUUGGAGACCCCACUGGGUGAGGCUGAGUUAUCCAGGGCGAGAGGAAAGGCGGAGCCUUGGGACAUCUCCAGAGCCAGCUGGGAGGGCGCCUCCUCUCCUACCCUGUUCCUGCCCGGGCAGUGAGGGGUCAUCUUCCCCCUUCUCCCAUCCAGGGUUGGGAAAGACGGUCCCCCAAAGUGGCCUGAGGUGUGGUGCCUUGGAAAAGCGGUCACUCAGAGGGGGAGCUGGGCUCUGGUGUCCUGAGACACUGGCCCUCCUCCCCAAGCCUCCCCUCCCCACCCCUCCUCCCCCCCCCCCCCCCCCAACAAAAGCAUUUUUCAAACAGCCAUUUCUGGGAAAGAUGAAAGGGCUGGAAGUCUGGCUGUCUGGACAAUCUCGGCCUCAGUGACUCCCCUACAGCCUGGAAAAGGGAGGGUCCUGGUUGCCACGGAAAC